AUGGAGAGAUCACGCCCGGUACGGAAUCGAAGACAAAGCAGAAAAACAUGGCCCAGUGACAUGUUACAUCGUCCCCUGAAGAGACUUUUCACGCCCGAAAUUAAGCGAAUGCUGAAAGAUUGGCUCGUGCGACGUCGCGAAAAUCCCUAUCCGUCACGUGAUGAAAAGAAGAAACUUGCUCAGGACACGGGACUCACGUACACGCAGAUCUGCAACUGGUUUGCGAAUUGGCGGAGAAAGUUGAAGAACUCCGGCAAGCAAAAGUCGAAGAAAAACUGGGGAAAUUUGAUUAAAAACUACAAUACGAGUGCACGGGGAAACGUGGAGCAAUUUAGCAUUUGUUCGAGUGAUAGUAUCUGGGGUGAGAAUAAUUGUGAUGAUGGCAUCGACGAUUUCGAGGAGACAAAUGAUGGCGGAUUGGAAAGUGAUACAAAUAGCGCGGCGACACAAAAAAUGUAUGAGUUACCGAAAGUUUCGAAGAAAAGGGCGAAACGUCCUGUGAAAAGUUCUCGCGUGAAAGAUCGACGAAAGACAAUUGGCUUUAUGGGAUACAAAUCGGGAAGUUCGUUGUAUAAUAAUAGUUAUGGAUCGAGUUCGUAUAGCAAGUCGCCUUGUUAUCAGAUUUGUUCUACCGUCGAUCCAAACUUCGACUUCAAACCAAACCAAGACACAUUUUACCCGCAAACGCAAAAGUUCAAAAAUCACAUUAUCGAAAAGUACCUUCGUGGAUUAGAUGAAAGCUCAAACCUCAAACCUCCAACUGAUCCAUCAUUCACUGACAACAACAACAACCAAUUCUCUUACGUAAAUUCAGAACAAACGACAAUUCUCACAGGCCCUCAACUCUCCAAAUGGCUCGAAUCAGCGGCAAAUUUCACACCAAGUCGCGAAAAUUAUAUCGAAUGGUAUCGCAUGGAAAAUGACAACAACAAACAAAAGACAAAUGACACUCAUCACACGGAAGAAAUCGAAGCAGCUGAGGCUUUGACAAAACUCGCAAUCAACUUCAGAAAUCGCCUUGAAACUGCAGCUCAUUAGCAAAAAAAAAACUUAAGACGUAGAAGAAAACAAGCUUCGCUUUGCUUAGUUUUCCAUUCCAAUCA